CAAAUCUUUUUCUUUGAUUGUUUUGUUUUUCUUAAUCACUGAUGAGAUUAAAAUCAAUUAAAAAGAAAAUUAUUUUGCAACUUUUGGUAAUGUUGUGAAUGGGGAAUAAAGGUGAAAUCUUAUGAAUCUCAGGUUAUAAUUGGUAAAUUGUGUUUCUCUCAAGUGAUUAUUAACAAAAAAAGCUUUUAAGGUGAUCCCCUGGUUGGAAUUGUUUUAAUUAUCAAACAUCAACUUUAACUCUUUAUUAAUGGUUAUUGUUAUUAUGGUUUUGUGGACAAAGAACAACUUUAAACAUUGGAGAUAAUUAAUAGUUGAUUAGUUUAACAAUCGACUAGUAAUUAAUCAACUAGGAAUCUCUCAAACCUCGGCUAAUUCUUAUUCUAUUCAACUAUCGACUGACUGACCGACUCCAAUCCAACUGACUUUGAUAUCUAAAUCAUUUUUAACUUGUAAUCUUUAAUAUUAUUGAUAAUUUGGGUCCCAGUUACGGACCUUAAUUUCUUAUUUCAACAUGAACAAUAAGAAAUUGAAUCGUAAUCAACAGCAGCAGCAACAACAACAACAACAACCGCCACAACCACAACCACAACAACAAGGUGGUUCUAAUCAAAUUGGUCCUCAUCAUUCAUUUUCAUCUCAACAAUUACAUCACAUUAACCAGCAUCCAUCUUACAAUGGAUAUCAACAAUAUCCCUUCCCUUUAGUGCCAUUAAGUGUUUUCGAUGAAGAUCCUGGAAUAAUGUCGGAAGUGGAAACCUCUGCGACCGGUUUUCGUCGGUCAACCAAAGCGAGGUCAUCAUUACCGAUUGUACGAACCCCUUCAAAAACCCAGGAUCGUUCACUUGGAUUGGUUUUUCUACAAUAUCGAAAUGAAACUAAACGAGCCCUUCUACCUAAUGAAAUAACCUCCAUAGAUACAGUUCGUGCCCUUUUUGUCCGCUCUUUCCCUAGACAAUUGACUAUGGAUUAUCUAGAUUCUCGCCAAGUUCGUAUCUAUAUUCACGAUACCUCGAAAAAUAUGUUCUAUGAGCUAGAAGAUCUUGCCGACAUUCGAGAUCGUUCAGUUUUACGAGUUUACGAGCAAAACGAAGCUGGUGGACCUUGGCUACCUGUUGGAACGGUCAGACCACCGGAACGAGCGAAACCUUAUCCAGGACCUCCGUUAGUUAAUAACGCUCCACCUAAACCUCAAAGAUCAUUUCAAGCUAACAUGAUGGCUGGAAAUAGUGGCCCUAACGGAGGGGCAGCCCCACCUCCACCCUCUCGGACACCACAAUCCUCUGGACUUACAAUGGUUCCUCCAGGUCGAUCACCUUCAACCUCUUCUAAUCUCGGUGUUUCAUCAACUCCAGUAAUUCAUCCAUAUACCAAUCGACCUUUACCCGAGAGGCCAUACUCUGUUGCAGGUCAUUAUCCGACUCCGGACAGAAGAUCUUUUUCCGAAUCUCCCUACUCAGGUUAUCUUUCCUCUCCAGAAAGAAGAUUACCCAAUGGAGAGAAUCUUCCCCUUGGAGCCAGAUCAUCAUUUCCAUCACCUGGCUACUCACAUCAACCACCUCCACCUCAACCUCCUAUCAACUCUUACGAUGAUAUGUAUGGUACCACAGGGGGUCAUCACCCCUCAAGAUCUGGAAGUGCUACACCGAUUAUUGAUGAAGAAGCUCGGAUCAGGGUGGAUUUCAUGGAGAGACAAUUGGCAAGCCUUACGGGAUUAGUUCAAAAAGCCUUAUCCACUCCCCCACCUGCUCAAAUCCGCCAAGCUCCUGGUUCUGGGCCUGAUCUCAAAGGAGUGGACAAGCCUGGUGUACCUAAACCAGCCCCACCACCGAAACCAGCAACUCUCGCUAAUUACCGUGGCUCAGCGGAUGGAGUCAGCUCAACAUUACCCGUCGAUAUGUACAAUCAACUGCGUCAAUUAAAAAAGCGAACCAAAGAUAUAAGAUUAGAACUUCGAAAUCUUCGUCGAAUAGCUCAAACCCAAUCAGGAAUGGCAAAGGAAACAUUAAAAGAAACUUGUUCUAAAAUAAGAACCUCAUUAGCCCAUUUGAUGCUUAAUGACCCACUGGAAAGGUCACUUAGAUUUAAUCGACUUCGUUUAUCCAAAGAUGAGGAAUCUUAUAAAUUUGAUGUUACCCGAUUAGAAAAAGAUCUUAAUGAGCUUGAAAGUCAAGUUGAAGGACUUCGUAGUAAUGUUAUUAAUCGUCGUUGUCGUGUAAAUAUGACCGAUGUUGAGGCAAUGGCCUUGAUCCUAAGUCGAGCUUCAAAAACAGUCGCUGAUCUCAAGACUCGAUAUCCUCAUCUCCAAGAAGCAUUGAAAACGAUCAUAACUCAUGAGAUGGAAAUUGUUGUUCGUGAGGAAAAAUUCUUGACAGAAGAACCCGAUAGACUUGAAAAUGCAUUAAGACGAUGUAAAAAGUUGACCGGAACCCUGGUGACCUUGAAAAGAUUGGCCUCAGUUCAAGAGCAAAGGUGUACCUCGGGCAAUCAAUCGAUAGGUAAAUUUGAAAAAGCGAUAUCAGCUGAUUCUAAUGAUGGACAUUCAUCCAAAGAGCCAAUUAUGUCAAAAAGGGCCAAUCGAGCUGAUUUGUGGAAGCGGAGUCCAAAUUUCAGGGACAGAAUCGACCUUAUGAGGGGAUUUACCUCGAUGCCAACCAAACAGAGCACGGAAUUAGAGAGUCAUACAGUUAUUCAGGUCACGCCAGCAACACCAACGACCAAAACGGACCCUUCUAACGAAAACACCUUAGACGCCCUUCUUAAUGAGCUGCAAACCUUUUCCAAGCCUUUGCCAAUGCACCAAGCUAACAAACAAUCAACUAAUCAUUUAGCCUCAGAUAGGCAACGACGCUUGGGAUCAGUUGAUUCAGGAAGAAAAUCAGUUCCCAUUCCGCCACCUCGAUCAUCUUCAAGCCAAGUAAAUGAUGGACCUGAAGUUAAACCACGUUCCUCUCUUACCAAUAACAAUAUUACCAACAAUAAGAACGCAAUUAACAGUAAUAGAAGUCUAACCACAGGUCGAAUUGGUGCCAGUGUGGUCCGUAGUAAUUCAGAGCCAACACCCUCACAAUUGGCACAGUUGCGACCCAAAUCAACACCCCCUGAAGGUGAAUCUCUUCACAAUCAUGAUUCCAAUACCUUAGGCGUUGAUGGUGAUCUCGAGGGACUCUCAAUGGUUCCUAGUAAUUCAACGACUUCACUUUCUUCCAUUGAUAGUCAAGGAUCCAUAAUAGAAACGGGAAAAUCGGGAAAAUCGCGUCAACAAUUACUAGAAGAACGUCAUUUAGAACUUUUAAGAAAACAAAAGCUCCUCCAGGAGCAAUAUACUCGAUUACAGCAAUUAUCUCGUGGCGAAUUACCUAAUUUACUGUUAAAUGAUUUAAAGAAAACUGGAAGCGAAUCAAAUAUCGUUUUAAAAUCGGCAUCAUCGUCAAAUGUUAGCGGAUCAUUAACUCAUUUACCUAAUAACAAGAAGCCCCACUCAGGGCAGCAACAACCGUUAUCAGCCCCACAACAAUCAACACCGAAAGGUUCACAAGAAUCUCGAUCAAGUAAUCAAGGAGAAAACCAAAAAGAUCAAUCAAUUAGCAAAGGAGAUCAAAACUCAAAAGGACCGAUAAAACAUGAAACUCAGAAAAUAUAUGAAACUGAUAUUCUUUAAAUUAAUUAUCAUGUUUUCAUCUUUAAUUGUUAUUAAUUAAUAAUGUAAAUUUCCCUAAAUUCCAAAUCAUCAUGAUUCCUGUGACACUCAACUGUCUUCAAAACAUUAUCAUCAACUUUUCAUGUUUAAUGUACUUGUUGUUGAUAAAUUGGCAAUAACUUAAAUUUGAUGAUUUAAGCCAACAAUUAGUUAAUAACAUUUUUACCCAAGUGUUGUAACAUUAAUCACUCAAUCCUCUAAUCUCACCACCAACAAUUAUGAUCUCUCUUCAUCUUAUCCCUUUUAAGUUUAAAUCUCCAUCUUUUUUUUGUAGUACAUUUAUCCAAUUCAUUAUUAUUCCUUGAUUAUCACCUUGAUUUUUGUCGCAAUUAACUCAAGAAUCGUUAUCAACUUUGAUCUACUUUAUUUUAUCCAUUGAAUUACUUAUCAUCAUCAUCAUUUUACCGGUUGAUCAUUAGAUUAAUCCUUUUAAUUGUUAAUCUCAUCUUGUUUUAAACCCGACGAUGGAACCAUAAUCAAUCAAACAGCUGAUGAACAAUUGGAAUUGAUUGUUAUUUUACUUAAUUGUCCAGUUUUGACUGAUUUACAUUCCAAUAAUAUCCCAACUCAAUCAUCUUCAUAUUUGAAACAAGGAGAUUUGGACAAUUAUCUUCAUCUUAAUCAUCAUCUUGUCAUCAUAUUCAUGGUUAUCAUUAGUGAAUAAGGAAAAGCAUGAAGGGCGAGAAAAACGAUUAAUCAACAACAACAAUUACUUACAAUCAACGGCGACGUUGAUAAUUUAAAGAAACGUUAAUAAUAGUCAACCAUUAUUAUAUUGCCAAGAGAUUAAUCAUCAACAAUCAAAGAGAUUUAUAUCAAUCAAAGGAAAAGGUUAUCAUCAUAAUCAUCUCAUGAAUACGAACAGAAAAUGUUAUCAAACGAAAAAAAAUCCAAGGGAAAGGAUAAGAUUAAAUUGAAUUUCCUGUAAAAGUCAAUGUAAAAUUAAAUCAACAAUCUAAACCGAGAACAAUUAACUUUUUCACUCAUUUAAUUGUACAAAUUCAAAUGAAUAGAGUAAAUAAUUUAACUGAUAACUUUUUGCAGUCAACAAAAAUCAACGUCACUCUAAGUUGAUUAGUUAAUCAACUCGAACAGUUUAUCGUAAGUUUUAAUUCACUUGUUACCCAAAGGCUCAAUUAAUUAGUCACAAUUAAAUUUAUAGUAAACAAACAACAAUAAUCACCUUUUGUAAAAUCAUAUUAAUAAUUUAAUCAUUAACUGUGAAAACAAUUAACACUUAGGAAUUAAAGUAACAAUUUAAAGCGAUAAA